AUGGAUGAUCCAGGGAUGGGAUACAAUUCUCGAAGCGAGAUUCCGAACGCACUAGACAUUCAUCAUUCUUGCUCGGGCUCUAAGCUUUUCCUUUGGAAAUCCGAAGGUGACAGUAUUGCGACAUUGAGCGACUUGGACCUCAAUGGCGCUGGUAGAAGAGAAUAUCUAUUCGUCAAAGCACAGCAACUCGAAUCUAAGGUGAAGCAUUUGAUUAAGCAGAUAGAUGCUGAAAUGGAGCGGGAAAUGGAGAAAUUGAGGAAAUCGAAGGAUGAGGCGUAUUCUAGGAUCAGGCGAGAUUUAGCUGUUGCUGAACUUAAUCAAGCGGAAAAAUUUGAUGGACUCCCUUCCCCGAGUUCGCCCGCGACUCGCGCCGAACGGACGCCUGAACUUCCAACAAUGAACUCCGCCGAAAAAUUGCCUGGAAACGAUUUGAAUUUGCAGGAAUGUGAUGAUUUGCUUUCUCCUGCCAACACUCGUGUCGCCGUCAACAAUUAUAAUGGCCAAGACUCUUACCUCAAGGUCACGCAUUCUGCAGAUAAUUUACCUCCGAUGAAACGCGACCCAUGGACAACUCAGAAUGACUUGAUCCACAGCGCUGGCGAUUAUUAUUGUCUUCAAAUCGACUUGAAAGGUUACCCUCAGGAAAACUUAGUUGUGGAAGUAAACGAAGGCAACAUCCUCACUCUGGAAGCUACUUUGGAAGAGGCGACACCUGACGGCGGCAAAUUGAUGCGACUCAUGCAACGAGCUUACACCUUGCCGAUGAAUGUUGACCGAGAGGGGUUGGAGUACGAAUUGGACGAGUACGGUGUACUGAAGAUUAAAAUACUGAAGGUGUCUGCGAUCCCCGUUGAAUCCCCAUCAGAAAUUAGAUCCGGUGAAUCGGUGGGCACAAGUUCCGCGAGUCGAUUUAGUUCUAGCCCGAAAUCCAACGUGGAUGGAAAAGAAACCAAAUCGUUCAGUUCUCCCGCGGAUCACAUCAAAAAGAGGAAUGCGAGGGUCAAUUCAACGUCGAUAACCCCGCUCACUGGUAGUCAGAUGACCCCACGCUGUGCAUCGCGUAACGAGAACAUGGUUUCCAGCGCUGAUGACUCAAGUAUAUCGUUCACUCAAAUUGUCUCCUCGAACCUCGGUCUGGCCGAUCAAAACCUACCGACGAAUUAUUCACCUGUUCAAAGUAAGCAUUUGUGCGACGAAUUGAAUGAAGGCAACCUGAUCGACCUUUCGGCUCAGCAAAUGGACGAGGUUUGCAUCCAUGAUGUCAAGCGCGUGAAGAGAGUACCUUCUGAAGUCGUUUUGUCUGACGAUCCUGUGUCCGAAACUUUGAAUACGCACGGGAAUUGUGUCAGUCAGAAACAUUGCAGUCCAAUGGCUUCGUCUGAAUUCAUAGGAAGUUUUGAUCGAGGGAAUCCUGCUUAUAUGUUGCCAUCUUUGACUCCGAUGGAUGGAAGUCCCAAGGCUUCGAAGAAACACGUUGCUUUCGAUUCUGAAGAUCUGUCGAGUGACCUGAAGGAUUCCUUCAACCUGGAUCCAGGCUACGGGGCAGAAGCUUUGGAAAAGCUGGUUCGAACCAAGAUGAAGCCCCCGACUUCAGUGCGAUUGUCCUUGCUCACGCCUAUCGUGAAACGGGAAAUACGCAUCAAGCCGAAGCCUUUGCGUGGCAGUUCUGCGCAUACUUUGCUUCCUGUAUUUGGUAACAAUCACUUUUACGUUCCUCACUUCAUGGAACGGAAAGAAACGACCUCGAGAAUCGAAUGUGCUGCUCUGUGCAGUGCACUUGAUUCAUGCGAUGUCAUCAAUUUCAUUCCUCAGCAACUGAAGAAUAUUUCAGCGUGUCAACUUGUGCAAUUGACAAAUGAAACCACUUGGCAUGCCAGUUUGGGUUCUCAGGUUUGGAUCACGGAGAUCAAAAGAGAGGAAGUGAAGCUGGUAUUCAAUGCAGAUGAGAAGAAAAUGUUCGGAUUUUUCUUGGGAAGUAAUCACGAAAUGCCGGGGGAAAAUGCUGCUGCUCGUUGUGCGGCGUUUGGAGCCACAAUUGCCAGUUUGCCAUCGAUGGAAAGGUUCAUUUUCUAUGAUUCCGUUUUAUCUGGCGUCGUUUCCCCAGUUUUCCUGGGAAUGAACUAUUCGCGGUUCGCUGAAGCCUUCGUCGACUUUCGUGAUUCCAUCUGUUUCGAAGAGCCACCGACUCAUUCGGGUGCAAUUCAAGCUGAACCUCUGACACUUCCGGUACGUUCCGGAACUGCAGUCAAUAUAACUUGUCCUCCAGGAGAACAUUUCAACGUGCCUCAUUUGUUGUGGUAUACGGAAACCUGUCUAUCAAGCGGUUACUGGAAUCAUCCAAGCAUCCCUGCUCCUUAUUGCUCAGGAUGUUUCGAAGCGAUUCCUGGGGUAUUGGCGAGAUCGGCUUUUGAUAUCUGUUACAACAGAAGCAAGAGGAUAUUUUCAUACACCCCGGAGCGAGAAAAAAUAUUCAAGGAGUUGAUUUUCAAUUCUACCAACAAUGCAACACAGGCGGAAAUUUUCACCGGUUACGACGAUAUUUUAAGCGACGGGAUCUUCACGGAUAUUAGCAAAAAUCCCAUGACGUAUUCCUGCUUUGGGUCAACCGGACCUUUGAAUGGCGGAACAACGGCUAAUUUCUUGCUAAUGACUCUGCAGAAGGGAAAUUCGACACCGAGUGAAUGUUACACAGGAAGUAAUGCCUUGGUGUGGGUC